AGCUCAGGCACACUAAAGGACUCUCCUGCCUUGUGAACAUUUCCCUCAGAUAUGUCCCAGUGUUCCCACGAGUUUUUGUUGUUUUGGGCGGGAGACGACUGCAUAGUUAGGCAUCAGUGAUAAAAAUUAAUUGAAAUAAAAAGUUUAUUUUUUUUUUCAAUCAAUCAGUGUUAAUCCGACAACAUGUCGGGAAUAGAAGUGAAGUUUCCAAAUGAUGAGCAACCGGGGAAAAUUAUAAAGUGGAGGGUGUCACCGGAUAAUAUGGUGUCUGCAGGAAGAAUUCUGCUGUUUUAUCAGGGUAUUGGAAAUGAUGGAAAGAGUGUUGAGAAGAAACUACGUGCUACUCAAUUUGGGAAAAUUAAUUGUCUACUGGUCAAUGCCGAUGAUGUGGUCCAGCCUGGGCAGGUGUUGCUCCGAAUGACAGGAUGCAAACAUCCAACAGUGAUGAAGGACCUGUGUGCUGAGUGUGGUGCUGAUUUGAGGGCUGAAGCAACGAGUGAUGGUGGCCAGGGUCGACUGAUAUCAGAGGCGAGUGUUCCCAUGGUCCACAGUAUACCCGAAUUGAAAGUAUGUCCGGAAUUAGCUGAGGAAAUUGGAAAAAAGGAUGAGGAGAGGCUUUUGAGUGAUCGUAAACUGGCACUACUUGUCGAUCUUGACCAGACUAUUGUCCAUACGACUAAUGACACUGUUCCUGCUGUUAUGAAGGACGUCUUUCACUAUCAACUUUAUGGACCCAACUCACCAUGGUACCACACACGAUUACGGCCUGGUACUCGUCACUUUUUAUUGGAAAUGAGUAAAUUCUAUGAGCUACACAUCUGCACCUUUGGAGCAAGAAAUUAUGCACACACAGUGGCUGCGCUGCUUGAUAAGGAGGGGUCACUCUUUUCGCAUAGGAUACUCUCGAGGGAUGAGUGUUUUAAUUCAGCAUCGAAGACACCCAAUUUAAAGGCGCUAUUCCCAUGUGGAGACGACUUAGUCUGUAUAAUCGAUGACCGGGAGGACGUGUGGCAGGGUUGUGGUAAUCUAGUACAAGUUAAGCCGUAUCAUUUUUUCAAACACACCGGUGACAUCCACGCUCCACCAGGACUCGAAAAGCGAGACUUGCCAGACAUACUUGAUUCCCAUGAAUUAUUAGACAAGAUGGGAGAACCUGUACAAAAGGAUGACGAGACUAAAUCAUGUGAGAAUGGCAUUGUUAAGGAUCCACUCAUCGCAAUUGACCCUGAAUCGAAGAGGGAUGAAUCAAAAGUGAUUGCUGAGCAAUCCAAAGACGAAACAUUGCCUCCACAAAAUAAAAAUGGAAAAGAUAGUGCUCAAGAUGCUAGUGAUAACACGGAAACUGGAGCAAACAAAAUUAUAACGGAAAAGAACAAGAAUCAAGAGGAUAUUAGUACUGUUAGUAAGACUAAUCCCGAGGCCGAGGAUGACGAUCACGAUGAUUAUUUAUUAUACUUAGAAGAUAUUCUUAAGAGAAUCCAUGCGGAGUUCUACAAGUACAUAGACAGGGGGGAAAGGAAGCCCCUGAGAGAUAUUAUUCCUAAAGUGAAGAGGCGAGUCCUCCAAGGUUGGCAAUUAACUUUCAGUGGCAUAAUUCCAACGCAGCAUAAACUUCAGGACAGUCGAGCUUAUAGGGUUGCUAAGGCAUUUGGAGCGGCUGUUGAACAGGAUUUAACCAGCAGAACAACACAUUUAGUGGCGAUAAAACCUGGUACUGCGAAAGUUUACGCAGCAAAAAAGAAUUCCAAGAUAAAAGUUGUCAAUCCCGACUGGCUGUGGUCAUGUGCGGAACGCUGGGAGAGAGUGGAUGAGAGACUAUUCCCCCUAAGUGCAAAGGCAAGAGGAUCCAGAAUACCGCCUCCACACUGUAGUAGUCCAGAUCAAAUUGAGAUUGAGAAUCCAGUGACUGUUACAUUUGCCAAUACUAUAAAUCCGCUAAUGUCUUUCACGGAAGAAGAGAUCGAGAGCAUGGAUAAGGAAGUCGACGAGGAUAUGACUGAUCCUGAAAUGGAUUCGUCGGUGUUUGAUGUUGAAGAUUUGGGGGUCAAAAGAGGAAUCAAUGAAAGUGACGAUAAUUCAGAUGAAGAAUAUCAACGCCGAAAGCGCAGAAAGACAAAAAAAGAGAACGCGUCAUCAUCGUCUUCAUCAUCAGAAGAUGAAGAAAGACAGCGAGACAGAGAAAGACAAAAUGAAGAUAACGACGAAAAUGACGACGAUGAUCCAAUAACAAGAUUCAGAAGAGGCGAGGGACUACCGGACGACCUAGAUAUGGGUGAUUCUCAAGAUUCUGUGGAAGAAAUCGAUGAUCCAGCGGAGGAAGACGACGACAGAGAAUGGAAUGCCAUGGGUGCUGCGUUGGAGCGUGAAUUUUUAUCAGAAUGAUCACUAAAUACAUGCUACUAAUGACCCAUUUUUACAAUUGUACAUUGUCAAGUUUGUAUUCAAUUACCCAUCAAUCAUGUUAUCAAAAUUGUACAUUUAAGUGGAUUUAAAUUUCUACCGGUGGAAAUAUGUUUUUUUUAAAAUAUUUUCACAUUCGGUUGAUUUUAUUCCUGAAUCGAUUCAGUUUGUAAUAUCGUAUGAGUGAGAAUAAAUUUUUUAAAGAAUUGAAAAAAAAAUAGACAUUAAAUAUUAAA